AGGCGACUUGGUGUUGCUGGCUGGCUGUCCGAGAGCCCGCCGCUGUGCUCUUCCUCACCUGUCAGCCGAGCUGCAACCUCCCAGGUGCUGAAAGCAGCGCGUUAGGAAGGAAUAGGUUGAAACAUCUGCCAGAAUAUAGAAAUACACUUACGGGAGAAAGGUUUCCUAGGGAGACGGGGCGUCCCGAGACCGUCAGAAUUUCUUUAUGUAGUCAAGUAGAUGUGUUUAUUUCAGCCUUAAAAUCGCUGAUGCCAAUGCUUGCUAUGGCAUCUGUGGCUUCACCAGUUAUAUUUAAGGAGUUUUGUCCCUUAUAUUAUCUUCUCAAUGCCAUUCCUGCAAAGAUCCAAAAAGGCUUUCGUUCUAUUGUGGUAUACCUCACAGCACUUGAUACCAAUGAGGACUACAUUGCAGUGGGGAGCAGCAUUGGAAUGCUUUAUCUCUACUGCAGACAUCUAAAUCAGAUGAAAAAAUACAAUUUUGAGGGCAAGUGUGAAUCUAUUACUUUUGUAAAGCUGUUGAGUUGUUUCGAUGAUCUAGUUGCUGUUGGUACAGCCUCAGGCCGCGUUGCUGUUUUUCAGCUGGUGUCUUCAUUGCCUGGAAGAAACAAACAGCUUCGGAGGUUUGACGUUGCUGGUAUCCACAAAAGUAGCAUCACAGCUUUAGCUUGGAGUCCCAAUGGAAUGAAAUUGUUCUCUGGAGAUGACAAAGGGAAGAUUGUCUACUCUGCCUUAGACUUAGACCAGGGUAUUUGCAACUCCAGCCUUGUACUGGAAGAGCCAUCUUCGAUUGUCCAGUUGGACUACAACCAGAAAGUGCUGCUUGUCUCUACUUUACAACGGACUCUACUUUUUUACACAGAAGAGAGAUCUGUCAAGCAAGUUGGAACACAGCCCAGAAAAAACACUGGCAAGUUCGGGGCGUGUUUUAUACCUGGCCUGUGUAAACAGAGUGACCUCACACUGUUUGCUGCCAGACCUGGGCUUCGUCUCUGGAAGUCUGAUGUUCAUGGAACUGUUCAGGCCACAUUCAUAUUGAAAGAUGUAUUUGCUGGAGGAAUAAAGACUUUUGAACUAUACCCUCGUUUGGAACCACCUGACAGAGGAAGUUACAGCUCCCCAGAGAAACACCUCGGGCUUGUUUCGUGCUUCUUCAGAGAAGGAUGGGUGCUGACCUGGAAUGAAUACAGCAUUUACCUAGUAGACACUGUGAACCAGGCUUUGAUUGGUGGCUUGGAAGGAUAUGGUGAUAUUGUGUCUGUGUCCUGUACCAACAAUGAGAUUUUUCUCUUAAAGGGAGAUAGAGACAUAAUAAGAAUUUCAAGUAGACCUGAAGGACUGUCAUCAAUAGUUUCAGAUGGGAAUUCAAAAUUGCCAAAUCCUUUAACAGAUGCAAGUCCUCAACUGCUGACCCCAUUGUCAGUAGCUACACCUGGAUCAUCUAGCCCUUUGGUGGAAACAGAUAAAAAAAUGGUUACUUCCCCUUCAGUUAUUGGUGAUAAAAGUGACUCUGAUUCUGUGGUGAAGAGCGAUCUGGAAACUCCAACGCUAUCGGAGAUAAGUUUUGAUAGAGUGGGAGACUUGAGCAAUGAAGCAAGAAGAAGGGGCUGCUCUGUGGUAAGUGAAUCAAGAAGCAGGAGCAGUUCAAUAAAUUCUGUGGACAGUGGCUCGAGCUUUAUGAUGUGUGCAGACCAACUGUCAGAAGCUCAGAGAGAAGGUCACCUUUCUUCCCAGCGGUUCAGUGCAAUCAGCUCUGAAGAUUUUGAUCAAGAACUCAUUGUAAAGCCAAUUAAAGUGAAAAAGAAGAAAAAGAAGAAACAAGAAAGCGGGACCAGGAAGAACCAGAGCUCUCUGGAAGGGACACCGAUUUAUGAGCGGCAGCUUUCUGGUGACAGUCCCCAUUCGUUGAAUGCAGACUCCUUUUCCAUCACUUCCAGCCUAAUGAGUGGCAGCAUUGAUCGUUUGAGUACUGGAUCUCCAGACCAGGAAAGCAUGUUCAGCGUGGAGUCCCAUACCAUCCUGCAAGAAGAUAACGGUUCAGAAACUUUCAGUGUCCUACAGUCUCCUGAGUCUGUGACUGUACUCAUUAAUGAGGAAAAUGGAGAUGUACUUGAUUUGCAGAAGCUUCCAAACAGUGACAGUGGCAUGGGUACUUCAGCUGUUACAGAUACUUUGACAUCUGUGUCUCCUCUAAUCCUCACAAAAGACUUGACAAACAGUGUUGAUGCUGAAUGUAAUGGUAGUGUGGUUUCUGCAAGCGGUGAGUGCUGCCUUGGAAAGCUGAGCCAAGAGGAGGAGAAGGAUUUCCCUACCUUGUGUGAAAUACAUGAAAACUUAGAUGAAAUGAAGCUGCAGGGUACUGUAAAAUCUUUUGAAGAACCUGACCUUACAGACCAAAUGUUUUUGGAAUGUGAGAGUGUACCUGGUGUUCAGACCUCACUGACACCAAAGGAGAGUGAUGAGACUGGUAGGGAAGACCAACAGCAACUCUCCCUAAUACACAGCGCUCUGGCAGAUGCUUCUGUGCUCCACUUUGACAUCUCUAACGAUGUUUGUUCAGAUAACACUUCCAUUUCUGGAUGGAGUUUUGAAAGUGCAAUCAAAGCUAAAUCUGGUACUAGCACUGCUGAAUGGGUAACAGACACUCAUGAAAGUAAAGCUGAGAGAUCUGCCUCAAGUGAUGAAGAGGAUAUUUAUGGACAUGGAUUGCCGUAUUCGUCCUCAGAGACUAGUAUGCCUGACGUUAGUGCUGGGCCUGGUUCCCAGGAUGUGACCAAGACAAGCCUAGAUGAAAUGGUGCUGUUAAAAUCUGAUCAGUUUGCAGAGAGCUGGAUGGGAUACUCUGGCCCUGGUUACGGCAUCCUCAGCCUGGUUGUCUCAGAGAAGUACAUUUGGUGCCUGGACUACAGAGGCAGCCUGUACUGCAGCGCGCUGCCCGCCGCCGGCCUGCGCUGGCAGAAGUUUGAGGAUGGUGUUCAGCAGGUGGCAGUUUCGCCCUCAGGGGCUCUUCUCUGGAAGAUUGAACAGAAGACUAACAAAGCAUUUGCUUGUGGAAAAGUAACUAUCAAAGGGAAACGUCACUGGUAUGAGGCUUUACCUCAGGCUGUAUUUGUAGCUUUAAGCGAUGACACCGCCUGGAUUAUCAGAACAAAUGGAGAUCUGUAUCUGCAAACAGGCCUGAGUGUGGAUCGUCCUUGUGCCCGAGCAGUAAAGGUUGACUGCCCUUAUCCACUGUCGCAGGUCACAUCCAGAAACAAUGUUGUGUGGGCACUGAGUGAGCAGCGGGCCCUGCUCUACCGGGAGGGAGUACGCAGCUUCUGUCCUGAAGGAGAGCAGUGGAAGAGUGAUAUUGUCAGUGAAAUGCAAGCUCUGGAACCAGUGUGCAUAACCCUUGGAGACCAGCAGACACUAUGGGCUUUGGAUAUCCAUGGAAACCUGUGGUUCAGAACUGGUAUAGUUUCAAAGAAACCACAAGGAGAUGAUAACCAUUGGUGGCAAGUAAGCAUCACUGAUUAUGUAGUGUUUGACCAGUGCAGCUUGUUCCAGACAAUAAUCCAAGCAACUCACACAGUGGCAACAGCAGCUCAGGCACCUGUGGAGAAGGUGGCUGAUAAACUGCGAAUGGCAUUUUGGUCACAGCAGCUUCAGUGUCAACCCAGCCUCCUUGGAGUUAAUGGCAGUGGAGUCUGGAUCUCUUCAGGCAAAAAUGAAUUCCAUGUGGCAAAGGGAAACUUAGUAGGCACUUAUUGGAAUAACAUUGUGCCUCGGGGCACUGCUUCAGCCACUAAAUGGAUUUUUGUGUUGGCUUCCACAGCUUCCUCUAAAGAAGGGAGCUUUCUGUGGCUGUGCCAAAGCAACAAGGAUCUGUUUUGCGUCAGUGAUCAGAAUCCUCAGUUUCGUCCUUCUACGGUGCAGCUGCCACCAGAGACUGAGAUGGUGCACUACUCUGCCUGCCAGGAUGCCAUUUGGGGUUUGGAUAAUCUUGGGCAAAUAUUUAUCAGAACACUUUCAUCUAGCUGUCCAACAGGGAUGCACUGGACAAAACUGGAUCUCACUCAACUAGGUGCUGUGAAAUUGAUCAGCUUGACCUGUGGAAAUCAACAUGUCUGGGCCUGUGACACCAGUGGUGGCAUUUAUUUUCGUGUAGGAACUCAACCCCUUAACCCAAGUUUGAUGCUUCCUGCAUGGAUAAUGAUUGAGCCACCUGUGCAGCCAGUAGGAAUCAACUUGGUCAGCAUUCACUCGAGUCCAAACGAUCAGAUGUUGUGGGCGAUUGACAGCAAAUGGAACGUCCACGUACGAGUUGGAAUUACAGACGAAAUGCCCGUGGGCACUGACUGGGAACACGUACCAGGGCUGCAGGCUUGUCAGCUGGCUAUAAGUACACGGACCGUUUGGGCACGCUGUCCAAAUGGGGAUGUGGCCCGUCGCUACGGCAUCACUGACAAGAAUCCAGCAGGAGACUACUGGAAGAAGAUUCCUGGAAAUGUGGCACGUUUAACAGUGACCCCUCUAGAUGAGCUGUGGGCGAUCAGUACUUCAGGAUCCCUUCUCCAGCGCCUCACUAAGACCUUUAGCCAUUCCCAUAGUUUGCAGAAAAAUAAUGACACUUCUGUCCUGCUUCACCCUGAUGAGUUUGAAGACGAAUGGGAAGUGAUAUGAAGUCUCUCUAGCUCAUGAAGCAGUGGAAAAAACCGGGAGGACAGUAUUUCUGUGAUGUAUGUACAGAAUGUUGGAUCUAAAGCCACUCAUAUCGGACCUCUGUGAUAUUAGCACUUUUGUAUUGAAAAACUUACCUAUUUAAUAGCCCCCAAGCUGUGAGUUCUGAUGUUUGUUCCAUUAUCUCUUGGGAGACUGUUUGGAUGUGACAUACUGCAAUUGUUAUACCGUGCUGCUGUAGAAGCUCCUUUGGAAAUAAAACUCUUAAGUUAAUCUUACUAGCGAUGGAAGUGAGUACUUCACAAGAGCAUGCACACUCAUACAUGUGUACUUAUUUUGGGAAGGAAUUCUGUUGCAUUAAAUAUUUUACUACAGCAGAAGCAUUAAAGCAUCUCUCAGUUUCUUCUUGUACUUGGAACUCCAGACUGAUGGGAACUCAAAUAGCUCUCUGACUGUUGUACGUAGGCGUAGAAUUGUUUUCCCUUGCAGCAUGGAAGAAACAUGGCAGAGUAUUAGGAAGAUCUGAGAACGUCAUGAUGACACACCAUUGGUGUUGAAAUGAGUUUAGUUUGAUCCAUUUCCAUACAAAUCUCUUCAAGGCUAUACUAAGUUUUCAUUUCUAGAAAUCUGGUCCAUGAGUUGUUUCUCUUCACAAGGGAGAUGUUUGGAUUCCACCUGAUGUCAGGGGAUCUAGUGCCCAUUUCACACAGCCAUCAGGAAGCCGACAGGCUUUUGGGGGGUGAGUCCCACUUUUGGAAUAGGAAGAAGUUACAUAUUGGGUUUGUAGUGCAAAGCAGGAAUGUACAAGGCAGCUUUCAUAAUUCCUGUUGUGCUGUAUUUGUGCCUCCAGCCAGUGCUUUAACAUUUGGACUCAAAUUGUUUUGAGGACCAAACUUAGGUGUAUUGAAAAGAAAGAUGGUAGUUGAUAGAAUUACCUAUAUUAUCCCAUUAAAAGUUGUGAUAUUGUGAGAAAAUACUUAACAAUAUUCUCAUUUUUAGCUAUGUUAGCUAAAGUUUGAAGUAUCUUAACAGAUAUUGCAGCAGAGGUGUGUGCUGAACCAAGAAGUAACCCAAGUUAAUCGUUGCUGUUUUAUUUUUCUUUAAGUCUUCUUUGAGAGAUACCUCAUCCUUUUUUAAGCAAUAGAACUAUAGAUGAGACAACCUGAGUUCACUAAGUAGGCAGAGGAGUUAUUUUAUGUUCAGUCUAAGCUUAUAAAUCAUCAGAAUGAUUAGCAGCUGCUUAAAACAACACUGUAAAAGCCAGCUUCAGGAAAGGCCAGGAGUUCAAAAGCGGGGAUGUUUCUGUUUUGAGAACUUAACACCUACUGAGAAGGAUGUGUUUUCUUUUUGACUCCUGCUCUCUUUCAGAAUAAUUCAUGGGCUAAACUGGGAACAAACGUGGUGCAAGGUGAGAAUGUGAAUCGGUGGAGAGAGAACCAAGUCGUGUCCCUUUUUUUUAGUAGCACUUGUGAUGUUGGCUGUCAGUUCUCAGUCUGAUCUUUCGGUGUUAGAGGGAGGACAGGCUUGUUUCCCUUUUACAGAUGACAUGUUUGCUUCGCUGCUAUCUCGUCCCUAUAUGGAGAUUACCCUAGAGGGUUUUUUUAGCCUGUCUGGCAGUGGAUUGUAAUGGAAUCAACUUGUGGAGUUAACCCAGUGUGUUUUAUGCAAGCAUAGCUUGGUAUCUUGAGGACCCCAAAGAAGCUGAAAUUCAGCUUAGAAGUAUCUUGUGGCAGCUCCUGAGUCAGUUGCUUUGAAGGGACGUGCGACUUCUCCAGGCCCUGCCAAGCACCAGAUGCUCAAGUACAAUGGUGUGAUUUACCAGUGACACUUUGGUAUCAAAGUCAUCUUAGCAAUGGCUUGAGCUUGCUAGUUGUUUACUUACUGUAUCAUACUGUACCUUGCUAUGGUCAUUAAUAUUUAAUUGGUGUCAAGAGCUCUUACCAGACUACUUCUUAGUAGCUGUUCUAAUGGAAUUAGGUGGGGUUUUUUUACGUUUACUUCUGUAUUUAGGUUUUUGGUUUUGUUUGUGCUUUGAGACAAGUGCAAUAAACUAGAUUUUUAAGAAAUAAA